AAACUGGUUGCAUUGAAUCGGAGGAUUUACGGGAAAGCGGAGGGGGAUGGGGAGCUGUUGAAUUCUGUAUUGUAUCGAGAUAAGCUCGCUAGAACUUUCAAUUCGCAAGGGUACGUUAACUUCAGGAAUUUAGCGAAAAUUUCUAGAUCUAAGAAGAAGAAGAAAAUGAUGGAUGGUGGGGAGAAAAGAGGGGUGAAAGGGGUUGGGAGAAACGACAUGGCGUUCGUUGAGGUGGUUGAGUGCGAGGAGAGCGAUGUUGAUGAUUUUAGCGGGUUAUUGGGUGAGGAUUUUGGGAAGCGGCCGAAGUGGAGAGGCUCGACACGGCUUCUGCUCUUGGAUGAGCAAUAUGCAAACAAAGUGCUCGACGAAUUGCCCGAGGCAAUCAAGGUAGCUUUUCAAGAACACGAUGGCCAGUGUACGAGGUCUGCUUUUGAACUUGUGAAAUGCAAAUUGACUCUGCUUUAUGAUUACUGGCAACUCAAUGAGGUUUUGGAGGCUUUGCUCCCGAAAGGCACGACUAUUCCUUCAGCUUUUGAAACAGUUGGCCAUAUUGCUCACCUGAACUUGCGAGAUGAGCAUCUUCAAUAUAAACAUCUUAUCGCAAAGGUAGUUUUGGAUAAGAACAGGCCCAAGAAAAAAACAGUUGUAAACAAAGUUGAUGCUAUUCACAAUGACUAUAGAACGAUGCAGCUCGAGGUUUUGGCCGGCAAUAAUUCUCUUGUGACAACACUUGUGGAAAAUGGAUUGCGUUUCCAGGUUGAUUUAGCCUCAGUAUAUUGGAACUCGAGGCUUGCAACUGAAAGGCAGAGGCUCCUCAGUUGCUUCACGUACAGCGAUAUUGUCUGUGAUGUUUUUGCUGGAGUUGGUCCCCUUGCAAUCUAUGCAGCAAAGAAAGUCAAGCAUGUCUACGCUAAUGAUUUGAACCCUUGUGCUGUUGAAUAUCUUGAAAGAAACUCUGCCCUUCAUAAAUUAGACAGGAAAAUUGAGGUACGAGUUAUUACCGUUGUUCCAUAUUGUUCUUAUUCUUGAACAUUCUAGAUAAAUGACACCAACACAUCACUCUUUGGAUGAUAGACUUCAUAUUCACACGAAACCAAAAAAAUCUUGCAUUUUGAUGGUAAGAUUAGCUGUGCAAAAUCGUUGUGCUUGAUUUA